AAAUCCCGGAUCUAGUUACCAAAUAUUAUUAUUAUUAUAGGAUUUGGAACUACCACAAUACAAGGUUUUUUAUUUGUAUUCUAUUCAAUUUCGGUUUUGUUAUUAUUAAGGUUUUUGGUUUGAAUCCAAAUCACAUAAACAACAAACCUUCAGCAGUAAUUACUACUGCCUAAUACAUUUUAUUUCUCUUUAAAUACUCUUUUUAUAUAUUCUUCUCUUCUCCAAGUGUUUUAGUAGAUUUUUGGGGUACGUAAAUCAUUUACAAACAAAAAAAAGUUGGAUAUGUAUUUAAUGAAGUAAUGUUUUCCUUCUGUGAAAAUGGGGAGAUUGUUGGAUUAUUUCUUGGGUAAAGAUGGAACAAGAAGGCUCAUCAUCAAGAGGAAAGAUAGUGAUGCUGGUGAAGCAGGCCGGGCAUUGGAGGAACUACGGUCUUCUCUUUUCAAUGAUUUACGAUCUUCGGAAGGAGCUAAGCGUCAACAGCAGCGGUUAUGUGGACCUUCCGUGGCGCUGACCUUCAAUUUUGUGGUUUCCGUAGCAAUAAUCAUGGCAAACAAAUUGGUGAUGGGGAAGGUUGGUUUUAACUAUCCAAUAUUCCUUACAUUAAUCCAUUACAUCUCUGCGUGGUUUCUUCUUGCCAUCUUCAAGGCAUUGUCGUUGUUACCAGUUUCUCCUCCUUCAAAAUCUACGCCUUUCUCUUCACUCUUUGCUUUGGGUGCAGUCAUGUCUUUCUCUACAGGCCUUGCUAAUAUCAGUUUAAAACAUAACAGCGUUGGAUUUUAUCAGAUGGCAAAAAUUGCAGUCACUCCAACAAUUGUUCUAGCAGAGUUCAUUCUCUUCACUAAGAAAGUUUCCUUCAAUAAGGCUCUUUCUCUAGCCGUUGUCUCAGUAGGUGUGGCAGUUGCAACCGUGACAGACCUCGAAUUCAACUUUUUCGGUGCGUGCAUUGCACUAGCAUGGAUAGUUCCAAGUGCUAUAAAUAAGAUACUAUGGUCUAAUCUGCAACAAAAAGGAAAUUGGACUGCUCUAGCGUUGAUGUGGAAGACCACACCAACUACCAUUUUCUUCUUGCUUGCAUUGAUGCCAUGGUUGGAUCCACCCGGAGUCUUGUCCUUCGCAUGGGACGUCAAUAACACAUCAGCUAUAGCCAUAUCAGCGCUCCUUGGUUUUCUACUUCAAUGGUCUGGAGCUUUGGCACUUGGAGCUACAUCGGCAACAUCGCAUGUCGUUUUGGGUCAAUUCAAGACUUGUGUAAUCCUGCUUGGAGGAUAUCUGAUAUUCAGUUCAGAUCCAGGGGUUCUGAGCAUCUGUGGAGCUGUGACUGCUCUGUGUGGAAUGUCAGUAUAUACCUCUCUAAACUUGCAAGAGGCGAAGGAGUCAAGCAAGCUAUUGCCGAAGCAGAAUUCUUCUUUGAUAAAAACAAAAUCCAAUGUUGCUGUAGUAAACUUAGAAAAACUAGAAGUGAAGAGUGACACUACAGAAACUGUUGUUUGAAAUUUGAACUCAAUCAUCUCAUAACGCAGUAGCUGGUGAGAAAGAGCGAAAGAUCCAUAUGAAUGUUCUGAUAGAUUAUGAUUAUACUGUUUCAUUGCAGACUCUGAGAGAGAAUUGCACAUACAUCAUCUUACAGCAAAGAUUUCUACAGUGGUAACUUGAUCAUAAUUUGAGCUGUA